AUGCCCAAAAUGAUGACUGCUGAUAUUUCAUUCCGACGGGACAAUUCUGGAGUCAUGCUGGAUACAUGGAAAUCACUAUUUAAACAAAGACGACGUAUACACGCAGAAAGCAGAGCCCCGACACAGUGCAUUCUGCAGAAGGCUCCAGAGCGCAGCGCCUCUCACACGGACCCGGGACCAGACCUGGCGUCCUUUUUCCAACAGAGAGGCCAAAUAUACGGAUUAAAUCACACCAGCAACAAGCAACAACAGCCGCUGACCUCCUCCGAGAGCAGGCACUUUUACGACCGCGGGACGCCAGGAUUCACAAGCCCACGACAUCAGCAGCUGAUCUAA